CUCUGACCCAGGGCUCGAGGAGGAGCCGGAGCUGAGCAUCACCCUCACCCUGCGCAUGAUCAUGCACGGAAAGGCAAGGCGGCGUCCUUACUCGGGGGUUACCACCGAGAGCCGGGGGUAACGAGCACCGAGGCCUUCCUGCCCUCAGAGAGCCUCCGGGGGAGCUGGAGGCCUCCAGGAAGGGGAUCCAGGGUGGCUAGCCAGAAUGGAGGUCCCAGAGUCGGUUGGCACAGGGGAAUGGGCAAGGGGUACCUGGGGAGAAUGUUGGAGAGCUGAGAAGCUAAAAGCGCCAAAAGGAAGGUUCCAAAGUCAGUACGUCGGCGAUGGGAGGACCCCCAUCGGAUCUGGAGAGAGCCUGGCAUCCCCUAGUCGCUGGCCCGGGGCUCCUUCUGCCAGGAAGAGUGGGAGCUGGGGCUGGGAGGGCCGAAGCACUGGGCCAGCAUCACGCCCCCAGAAGUCAGGCAGCCCAGACCCCAACUUGGGGGGGGUCCCUGGUGGCUAAGGGAGAGGGAGGGCAGAGCUCUGAGCCGGCCUCGUCUCCUUGUUUUGCAGGAGGUGGGCAGCAUCAUUGGGAAGAAAGGGGAGACAGUCAAGAGAAUCCGGGAGCAGGUGAGCGUGGCGGAGGGUAUGGGGGCGCCUGGGACAAGGACGGGCUGUGUCCUUCUCCAGGGCGGAACACGAGCCCCCGAAGAGGAGAGGGGGAUUUCCCGGUCGGGGAGGGGGGAGGGCAGCAGAGGCCGGUUUGCUGGGGAGACUGGGGCUCUGGCCCCUGCUGCCCUUGUCCUGUCGUCCCUCCCCCCUCCGCCCCCCAGAGCUGUGCUCGGAUCACCAUCUCGGAGGGCUCCUGUCCGGAGAGAAUCACCACCAUCACCGGCUCCACGGGGGCUGUCUUCCACGCCGUGUCCAUGAUUGCCUUCAAACUGGAUGAGGACCUGUGCACAGGCCCCCCCAAUGGCGGCAGCAUCUCUAAGCCCCCAGUAACCCUUCGCCUGGUCAUUCCGGCCAGUCAGUGCGGCUCCCUCAUUGGGAAAGCCGGGACCAAGAUUAAGGAGAUCCGGGAGACCACAGGGGCUCAGGUCCAGGUGGCGGGAGACCUGCUUCCCAACUCCACAGAGAGGGCAGUUACUGUUUCCGGGGUCCCAGACGCCAUCAUCCUCUGUGUUCGCCAGAUCUGUGCAGUGAUUCUAGAGUCCCCUCCCAAAGGAGCCACCAUCCCCUACCACCCCAGCCUCUCCCUGGGCACCGUCCUGCUCUCCGCCAAUCAGGGUUUCUCUGUUCAGGGCCAGUAUGGAACAGUGACUCCAGCAGAGGUCAGCAAGCUCCAGCAGCUGUCGGGCCACCCCGUCCCCUUUGCUUCACCCAGCGUGGUGCCAGGACUGGACCCCAGUGCCCAGACCAGCUCCCAGGAGUUCCUGGUUCCCAAUGACCUGAUCGGCUGUGUGAUCGGGCGGCAGGGCAGCAAGAUCAGUGAGAUCCGGCAGAUGUCCGGGGCCCACAUCAAGAUCGGGAACCAGGCGGAGGGCUCCGGGGAGCGGCACGUCACCAUCACGGGCUCCCCGGUGUCCAUCGCCCUGGCCCAGUACCUCAUCACUGCCUGCUUAGAGACGGCCAAGUCUACCUCAGGAGGGACGCCCGGCUCGGGGCCCGCAGACCUGUCAGCCCCCUUCUCCCCGCCCCUGGCCCCGUCCCCAGCCCUGACGGCCCUGCCCGCGGCCCCUCCGGGCCUGCUGGGCACCCCCUACGCCAUCUCCCUCUCCAACUUCAUCGGCCUCAAGCCCGUGCCCUUCCUGGCCCUGCCCCCGUCCUCGCCCGGGCCGCCUCCCAGCGGCCUCACCGCCUACACUGCCAAGAUGGCAGCCGCCAAUGGCAACAAGAAGUCCGAGAGGCAGAAGUUCUCCCCCUACUAGAGCGGGGAGGGAGCCGGAGCCAGGGAGUGACACCGCGGGGCGGGGAACGGCUCUGACUCCGGCUCCUCCGGGGCCCCAUUCUGCUUAUCCCGACACCCCCCCCCCCCAGGGGCCAAGGCAGACGAUUCCCUAGCAAUGUCGACACCCAUACGCAUGGAUUUUAGGGCCCCGGGCGCCGCGCGCGUCCGCCCAGGAUUCUAUCUCAGGCCACGGCGUGGGGGAGGUGCUGACCCAAGUCUAGGAAGCCCGCGGGAGAGGGAGGAGAUGGCAGCGGCGGCCGUGUAGCCCCCAACCACCUGCCCCCUUCCCCUCCCCGGGCCCUGCCCCUCCUGACUGGGAUACAGGCAAUCCCAGGGGAGGGAAGAGCCUCCAGUGCCUCCCUCUCCGAGGGGCUCCCUCACGCAGGCCCCCCACAUCCGGCCGGGGAGGAGUCCCAAGGAGGCUCCCCCGGGUCCCACCCACAUCGGGCUCCUGCUGCUUGAGCAACAUUCUCUUGACUGGAACAGGCUGGCUGGGCAGGGGCAUAGCAGGGGGGGGUAGGGGCCAGGAUUGGGGGGCACUGCCAGGCAGCUGGGGGUGGGGAUGGGGGGGGCAGGCGCUCUCAGCAGCCGAGACUCUGUACAGUUUUUUCAAUCCAGUUUUUGAAUAAAUAUUCUCAGUGA